UGGGGAGCGGCACCGGACUGGCUGCCGUGUUGCCUCUCCCGCGCCGGGGAGCUGUCAGGCUGCGCCCCCAGUUGAGUGAGGCUAAGCCCUGCUGUCGGGGGUCCCCGGUACUUUCCGGGAAGCCUGGGGGGCAGGGACUCUGCCGGAGGGAAGGACGAGCUGACCGGGCACCUGCACCUCGGAGACGGAAGGAGCCUGCCUGGGUGUGACCCUAUCGGCGGACGAACAGCUUCUGUCUUACUUCGUGGGCUCCAUCCACAGGUCUGCAGUCUGUGCUCAGAGUCAGCAGAACUCACCGUGAAAGUGAUGCGUUUUCUCCAGUUGCACAAAAUGAGCGUGCGGUGGUUAGCCAGACCAGGAGCUCAGCCUCGUGGAGAGUCCAGCCUACUGUUCUGAUGCGGAAGGGGAGGCAGAAAGUGCCACAUUUGGAUGCCCCUCUGGGCCUGUCCACCUGCCUCUGGCUGGAAUUAGCUGGACUCUUCUUACUGGUUCCCUGGGUCAUGGGCCUGGCAGGGACAGGUGGGCCUGAGGCCCAGAGCCCAGGGGCGCUGAGUUGGGCUGUGCAUCUGGGCAACCUGGAAGGCAAGGGGCAGGAGGAGACUCUGGAGCAAAAGGCAGAUGCCUUGGCCCAGGCAGCAGGACUGGUAAAUGCUGGGCGCAUCGGGGAGCUCCGGGGGCACUACCUCUUUGUCCAACCAGCUGGGCACCAGUCAGACCAGCAGGUAGAGGCCAUCCGGCAGCAGGCGGAGGCCGUGUUAGCCAGACAUGAAGCUGUGCACUGGCACUCAGAGCAGAAACUGCUAAAGCGAGCCAAGCGCAGCGUCCACUUCAAUGACCCCAAAUACCCACAGCAGUGGCACCUGAAUAACCGGCGGAGCCCCGGCAGGGACAUCAACGUGACAGGUGUAUGGGAACGCAACGUGACGGGGCGAGGGGUGACUGUGGUGGUGGUGGAUGACGGAGUGGAACACACCAUCCAGGAUAUUGCACCCAACUAUAGCCCUGAGGGCAGCUAUGACCUCAACUCUAAUGACCCUGACCCCAUGCCCCACCCGGAUGUGGAGAAUGGCAACCAUCAUGGCACUCGGUGUGCGGGAGAGAUUGCUGCGGUGCCUAACAACAGCUUCUGCGCAGUGGGAGUGGCAUAUGGGAGCCGCAUAGCAGGUAUCCGGUUACUAGAUGGACCCCUGACAGACAGCAUGGAGGCUGUGGCGUUCAACAAGCACUAUCAGAUCAAUGACAUCUACAGUUGCAGCUGGGGCCCAGAUGAUGACGGGAAGACAGUGGAUGGCCCUCAUCAGCUUGGAAAGGCCGCCUUGCAACAUGGGGUGAUCGCUGGCCGCCAGGGCUUCGGGAGCAUCUUUGUGGUGGCGAGUGGCAAUGGGGGCCAGCACAACGACAACUGCAACUACGACGGCUACGCCAACUCCAUCUACACGGUCACCAUAGGUGCUGUGGAUGAGGACGGACGGAUGCCAUUCUACGCAGAGGAGUGCGCGUCCAUGCUGGCGGUCACCUUCAGCGGCGGGGACAAGAUGCUCAGGAGCAUUGUGACCACUGACUGGGACCUUCAGAAGGGCACAGGCUGCACUGAGGGCCACACAGGCACCUCAGCCGCAGCCCCUCUGGCAGCCGGCAUGAUAGCCCUCAUGCUGCAGGUGCGGCCCUGCCUUACCUGGCGUGAUGUCCAGCACAUCAUUGUCUUCACAGCCACCCAGUACGAGGAUCGCCGUGCAGACUGGGUCACCAACGAGGCGGGCUUCAGCCAUAGCCACCAGCACGGAUUCGGCCUGCUCAAGGCUUGGAGACUCGUUAACGCAGCCAAGAUCUGGACAUCUGUCCCCUACUUAGCUUCCUACGUCAGCCCUGUGUUAAAAGAGAACAAGGCUAUCCCGCUGUCCCCCCACUCCCUGGAGGUGCUGUGGAAUGUCAGCAGGACGGACCUGGAGAUGUCGGGGCUGCAGACCUUGGAGCACGUGGCCGUGACGGUCUCCAUCACUCACCCGCGACGUGGCAGCUUGGAGCUGCGGCUCUUUUGCCCCAGCGGCAUGAUGUCCCUCAUCGGCGCCCCCCGCAGCAUGGACUCGGACCCCAGCGGCUUCGAGGACUGGACCUUCUCCACUGUGCGCUGCUGGGGGGAGAGGGCGCGAGGGUCUUACAGACUCGUGGUCAGGGAUGUAGGAGAUGAGGCGCUCCCGGCCGGCACCCUCCGGCAAUGGCAGCUGACCCUGUAUGGCUCUGCGUGGAGUCCGGUGGACAUCAGAGACAGACAGAGACUCUUAGACGAUGCCAUGAGUGGAAAAUACCUGCAUGACGGCUUCACUCUGCCCUGCCCUCCUGGGCUCAAAAUUCCCGAGGAAGUUGGUUACACCAUCACUCCUAACACCCUCAAGACCCUGGUGCUGGUCGGCUGUUUUGCCGCCUUCUGGACUGUGUACUACGUGCUGGAAGUCUACUUGAGCCAGAGGAAUGUGGCCUCUCACCCGGUUUGUCGGAGCGGACCCUGCCUCGGGCCCCAAAGAAGCCGAAAAGCCAGGGAGGAGGGGGCCGAACUGGAGUCAGUGCCACUUUGCAGCAGCAAGGACCCUGGGGGAGGGGAGACGGAGGCUGCAGGCCCUCUCAUCGCUGCGGAUGACCCGGCCCCAGGCCUGCAGGGCAGGGAGGAGCAGAUGUGCUGACCGACAGCAGCUCAGCCUGGCACGUGCUCUUCCUCCCCUGCGGGGAGCUUGGCAGCUGCUCCCAAGUCCCGGGAGCCCUGGGAGCAGGGGCCCCUGAUGCGCACGUCGGGCCGAGGCUCCAGAGCUCCUCUGACUGCGCUCAGGGAGGGACGGCUUUUGAGGGGGCACCGGAGUAGCGUACAGAGAACGUGGCAGCAGCACAGGACCUUCCUGAACCGGCAGCUUCGGGUGAGAAGGACCAGAUGGGAUUGGCCCGUCCCUUCCGGGCAGGCCUCCGUCCUCAUUUCCCCUGGCCAGGGGUGCGGCCACGGACCCUCGCCCGCCCGUGCAGGCGUGAGAAGGGGCCUGCCGUAGCCAGAAGAGCAUCCCAGCGGAAACAUCCCUGGAGUCACUUGGGAAGAGGGCGCAGAUAUCCUGUCCUCAGGACCCAGGACCCGGAGCCAGCAGACUGUCCUCCCCUUCCUGCCUCAGCCUUGGACCUUGGACAUACGGGUGUGGCUGUGGUCCCUGCGCCCGGUACGCGGCCCUCAAGCCAUUGCCUCAGUCUCCCUAAUCAGAAGCCACCCCUGAACCCCCGACUCCCUCACCAUCCCCACCUUUCAUCCCGAAGGGUCAGGACGAUGCUCCUGGCCAAGCCGGGGAGGGCCUGGCCUGGCUGCUGCUUCCAGGGGAGUCUGCACAGGACCGGGACGGGUGCGGCCACUGCCACCCAGCCCAGCCGCCCUGUCCUCCUCGGAAAGUGCUCAGGGAACGGCCUUGCCCCAAGGCCAGCUGUCUGCCAGCAGCUCUGACUCCCUUCUUGGCUCCCCCUCUUCUGAGCUGGUUGGCUGACUCAUUUUUUUAACACUUAAGGUUUGAUUUCCUCCUGUCACAGCAACUUCUGUGGAGUUUUUUCUGCACAGCUUUUCCAAAUAAAAAACUUCCACAUAA